CAGGAUUGAAAUAUCCUAGGCUCCUCCGCUACCGAUGCUGUCGAAUCCUGGCCAUGAAUGAGAACGACCCUGCUCGCUCAGGAUCGUCAAAGCAGCCACCCCUCCCUGCGCACCCACAGCUCCGUCGCCGACCCGAAGUGCAGAUCUGGAGACAGGCUCCCCCUCACUGCAAGUCGCCACUCCUUCCCGCCAGCCUGCCACUAUAAUAAAGAACCUAGUUUCCCGAUAAAACCCAGAACCAGCGACAUUGGAAUCUCAACGAACAAAAAAUCGAUGCUGGUGUGGGGAUGUUGUGGAACCCAGAAACCUAGAACCCACCAAGCUUCACCGCAACCCAAAGUCCAAAAACUCAAACCCUCCAAGCUCAACGUAUUCCCUCCUUCACUCCUCCCUCCCACCGCCGGCGCCACAGACCUCUCUCUCCCUAUUAAAUGGGAUUCUCUUUCUUGUAAUAUUGGCCGGAUUGAAGCACCCCAGCCCUCGUCGUCUCGAUCCUUGUCGUCACGGAACGCAGUUCGCCUGCGUCGAGUCCUCUGGCUCGCUUGCUUCUGGUCGGCGACGGAGCUGGUGGAUGCGGCUGAAGAAUUGGCAGCAAAGAGAGAAGAAGAUGAAGGGGAAGAAGUCUACAGAGCUGCAAUGGAGCUAUUGAUGGUGAAAAUUCAAACGAUUUGGGAUUUUCAAGGCGAUCUGGUUUCUUGAAUCAAUUCAGGGGGGGAGCUUGAAGACACAGCAGAAUAGAGGUGGGAGGUUGAGAUUGCGAGGAAGAGGAAAAGCAUAAGCGGCGGAAGGGAAUAGUAGUUUUUAGAAAUUUUCAAUUAAUUAAAAAAGAAUAA